AUGUUUAACACAAAAAUGAUUGAAAAUGAAAAAGAUUUUAAUUGCAAGAAUAAACAUUACCAACCAAUUCUUUUAGUUGACUUAAAUCCAAAUUUAGAUAAGAAAUAAAGAUUUUUAUGUAAUGUAUGCAUGGAAGACUUAGAAUCUGAGGUAAAGACAAUUGGAUUAAUAAAAAUGAUUUAGAUUAUUUCCGAUAAAUAAGAGAGUAAAUAAAGAAAUUUAACAAAUAUAACAGAGUAAAUAAUUUUUUAGUUACAAAAAUGUAGCAUAAGAUUGGAGUGAUGAUUUAUUGGUCUAAAGAAAAUCAAGCUGUGAAUACAGUUUUUAUGAUGAAUUAGAUAAUUUUAUUAAGAAUUUUAAUAUUGAUGAUGCUUCAAUAAAACUAAUAAAUAAUAUUAAUAGAUCUUGGAUGACAAAGCUAUUGAAUAAUUUACAUUCAAAUAAUGAAGAUAAAGAUAAACUAAAAUUUAAUGAAUUAAAAUAACAAUUCACCAACAUCAUUAAUAAAAAGUAUUUUUAAGAAGAUGAAAUAUAAUUAAAAUUAAUUGAUUAAUCUGUUAAAUAAAUUUAUCAAUGUAAUGCAAUAGUUUUUGAUUCUAUUUGA